UGCCCGGCUGCGCACCAGCUUGUGCCUGCCUGUGCCCAGCAGCACUGGGCAGAGCACCGCAGAUCGAGGCGCAUAUCCAGAAGCAGGUGGAUGGAGAGGGUCUGAAAGGACUGACGGUAGACACCAGGAGAUAUACAUGGCCAGCUCCCGAGAGGCUCAGAAACAGCUUGGCGUCGGGUGCUCCAGCAAAGACCUCCAACUUCCCUUUUCUCACCAGCACGAACUGAUUUUUCCUCUGUGUUUUUCAAGUUGCUUUGGUGGGAGCCGCUUGGCCCCCUCUUCUUUUGCCCUCCACAAUGGUGAGGUGGUUUCAUCGUGACCUGAGUGGGCUGGAAGCUGAAGCCUUACUGAAGGGGCGAGGUGUCCAUGGGAGCUUUCUGGCCAGACCCAGUCGGAAGAAUCAGGGGGAUUUUUCUCUUUCAGUCCGGGUUGGUGAUCAGGUAACCCACAUCCGCAUCCAGAAUACCGGGGAUUUUUAUGACCUGUAUGGAGGGGAGAAGUUUGCCACCUUGUCAGAACUGGUGGAGUACUACACACAGCAACAGGGCUCGCUGCAGGACAAAGAUGGAACCAUCAUUGACUUGCGAUACCCCCUCAAUUGUUCUGACCCCACUACAGAGAGGUGGUACCAUGGGCAUCUCUCAGGCUCUGCAGCUGAGUCACUUCUCCAGGCCAAAGCCACACCUUGGACCUUCUUGGUGCGGGAGAGCCUCAGCAAACCUGGGGAUUUUGUCUUGUCCGUCCUCACUGACCAGCUUAAACCUGGUUCUGAUGCCCCACCAGCUGGGGCAACCAGUGCCUCUGGAGCCCAGCUCAAAGUCAUGCAUAUCAAGAUCAUGUGUGAGAAUGGGCGCUACACAGUUGGAGGUGCUGAAACGUUUGACAGCUUGGCAGAUCUGGUGGAGCACUUCAAGAAGACUGGAAUUGAAGAGGUGUCUGGCUCCUUUUUGUACCUGAAGCAGCCCUACUACGCUACACGGGUGAAUGCUGCUGACAUUGAGAAUAGAGUGCAGGAACUGAACAAGAAAAGCCUAUCUGAGGAGACAUCCAAGGCUGGAUUCUGGGAGGAAUUUGAUAGUCUGCAGAAACAGGAAAGCAAGCAGCUGUUUGACCGUCACGAGGGUCAGAGACCUGAAAACAAGAGCAAGAACCGAUACAAGAACAUCUUGCCCUUUGAUCACUCCAGAGUCAUCCUCCAAGGAAGGGACUCAAAUAUACCUGGAUCUGACUAUAUCAAUGCUAACUACGUCAAGAACAACCUGAUCAGCCCGGAUGAGUGCACCAAGACCUACAUCGCUAGCCAGGGUUGCCUGGAUGCCACAGUCAAUGACUUCUGGCAAAUGGUGUGGCAGGAGAACACGCGCAUUAUCGUGAUGACUACACGGGAGGUAGAGAAAGGGCGGAACAAAUGCGUGCCUUACUGGCCGGAGGUGGGCAGCAUGAAGGAAUAUGGUCCUUACCUUGUUGAGAACGCUGGGGAGCAUGAUGCAUUGGAGUACAAGCUCCGGCGCCUCUGUGUGUGUCCAGUGAACAACGAUAAAGCUGUGCGUGAGAUCUGGCACUACCAAUACUUGAGCUGGCCUGACCACGGCGUACCCAGUGAGCCAGGAGGAGUGCUCAGCUUCCUUGACCAAAUAAACCAGAAGCAAGAAAGCAUCCCAGGCGCAGGGCCUGUUCUGGUGCACUGCAGUGCUGGGAUUGGCCGCACUGGGACUAUCAUCGUCAUUGAUAUGAUAGUGGAAACAAUCUCCACCAAGGGGCUGGACUGUGACAUUGACAUCCAGAAGACCAUCCAGAUGGUGAGGGCCCAACGCUCGGGGAUGGUACAGACAGAGGCCCAGUACAAGUUCAUCUACAUGGCCAUCUGCCAGUUCAUAGAGACAACCAAGAAAAAGCUGGAAGUUAUCCAGGCCCAGAAAGGCAAGCCUAACGAGUCUGAGUAUGGGAACAUUACCUACCCUCCUGCAGCGAGGAACAUACAUGCCAAGGCUUCACGAAAAUCCUCCCAGCAGAAAGAGGAGUCGACAGUUUAUGAGAACUUGGGGAAAAAGGAGGAGAAGGUGCGGAAACAGCGCUUCUCAGAGAAGAAGCUGAAAGGCUCACUAAAGAAAAAAUAA